CCAGCCGGGCUUGAAGAGUACCUGAAGGAGUGACGGCAAAACCCAUUUCACUUCAGCCAGUGGAAAUGGAGAAGACCAGGCCAUUAUGGGACAACCCUUUCCAGUUUGUGUUUGCCUGCAUCUCUUAUGCAGUAGGACUGGGGAACGUAUGGAGGUUUCCUUAUUUGUGUCAGAUGUAUGGAGGAGGUGGAUUCCUAGUGCCUUAUUUAAUUAUGUUAAUUGUGGAAGGGAUGCCAUUGAUAUACUUGGAAUUGGCAGUGGGACAGCGCAUGCGUCAAGGAAGCAUUGGGGCAUGGAAAGCAAUAAGUCCUUACCUCUGUGGUGUUGGAAUUGCCAGCGUAGUUGUGUCCUUUUUCCUCUCUAUGUACUACAAUGUCAUAAACGCUUGGGCUCUCUGGUACCUCUUCCAUUCGUUCCAGGAUCCUUUGCCGUGGGCACAUUGUCCACUGAAUAUUAACCAGACUGAUUAUCUGGAGGAAUGUGAGAAGGCAUCGUCCACUCAGUACUUUUGGUACAGGAAAACCCUGAAUAUUUCUCCAUCCAUUGAGGAAAGUGGGAGCAUCCAAUGGGAGCAAGCAGGUUGUCUUAUCCUGGCAUGGCUGGUGGUCUAUCUGUGCAUUCUCAGAGGAACAGAGUCCACAGGAAAGGUUGUGUAUGUGACAGCUUCUUUGCCCUAUGCAGUCCUCAUCGUAUACUUAAUCAGAGGUCUGACACUCCAUGGAGCUGCAAAUGGACUGACGUACAUGUUUACACCAAAGCUAGAGCAACUGGCAAACCCCAAGACGUGGAUUAAUGCAGCCACCCAGAUCUUCUUCUCUCUGGGGCUUGGCUUUGGAAGCCUCAUCGCUUUUGCCAGCUACAACGAACCAAACAACAACUGCGAGCGACACGCCAUCAUUGUCUCGUUAAUCAACAGCAGCACCUCUAUCUUUGCCAGCAUUGUAACUUUCUCUAUUUAUGGCUUUAAGGCAACCUACAACUACGAGAGCUGCUUAAGCAAGGUGAUCUUGCUGCUUAUAAAUGCUUUCGAACUGGAAGAAGGAUCAAUAACAGCAACAAACCUUGAAGAUAUGAAAAGUUAUCUAGCGUCUGCUCAUCCCAGUGAAUAUGCAGAACUGUUUCCACAGAUAAGGAACUGCAGCUUGGAAGCUGAAUUAAAUACAGCAGUCCAAGGGACUGGAUUGGCAUUCAUAGUCUAUUCUGAAGCAAUCAAGAACAUGGAGGUCUCACAGCUGUAUUCAGUGCUCUAUUUCAUCAUGUUGCUGAUGUUGGGGAUAGGCAGCAUGCUGGGGAACACGGCAGCCAUCCUCACGCCUUUGACCGACAGUGAAUUCCUUUCAACCCACUUGCCCAAAGAGGUGAUCUCAGGUGGUGUGUGUUUUGUGAACUGCGUCAUUGGCCUUGUGUUCACCCUUGAGGCUGGUAGCUAUUGGUUCGAUAUUUUCAAUGAUUACGCAGCUACUUUGUCCUUGCUUCUCAUUGUCUUAGUGGAAACCAUUGCUGUUUGUUACGUUUAUGGGCUAAAAAAAUUUGGGGAAGAUCUUCAUGUGAUGAUAGGCCAUAAACCAAGUUGGUACUGGAAGAUACUGUGGGCUUUUGUUAGUCCUGUGCUAAUUGUAAGCCUAUUUAUAUUUUACAUCACAGACUACAUCAGCACAGGGACCCUGAGGUACCAAGCAUGGGAUGCAACAAAGGGUCAACUGGUUACAAAAGAUUAUCCCAGUAAUGCUCUAGCAGUUAUUGGGUUGCUUGUGGCAGCAUCCACUAUGUGCAUCCCCCUGGCUGCAUUAGUAACUUUGAUCAUAAAAAGAAUAAAGAGGGGAAAUGCAUUAACUGCCGAAUGACCGUUGACAGCUGGAUUUAAGAGAACUUCAAGAACAGCUGCAGCUUCUCCAGUGCACUUAGAAGAGUCCUGCAGAUACUACCAGCAAUGAUUAAACAUGCAGAAUUUGGGGACUGUCAAACCAAACUACCCUCCUGGCAGCUUCUGUACUGGCUCACACAAGUUGUAGCUGACAGUGGUUCGAGAUGGUCUUGAAAAGGUCAGUCUGGAGAAUGACAACUUUCAAGAAGACAAUCGGUUUUUACAAAGUGGUAUACACUGACCAAUUUCAUCUGCCUGUGUAAGACUUUCUUUGUCUUUGUGGAAGUUUGUUUCUUUUGUAUCUCUAGUGCUUGGAAGAAAGGCUUGGAAAUCAGGAAAACUGCACUGUGUGGGCUAAUGUGGAGUCAAGCUGUGCAUCAUACAUAACUACAAGUUAUUUUUACAGUUCAUGGAAGGUAUAUUCCUGAUAGAUCCUAGGAAAUUUCUGUAGAAUUUGCAUUGCUCACCACUGAGUUAUCAAUAUUCGUAAGUACAGCAUUAAGAUAUUUCAAGUGAUAUGAAGUCAACAGCAGUUUCCAGAAUGUGAUAGGCUGUGGGAAAUCCUGCAAUAACUUAGCUUUGGCUGCCCAGCUACACUGUACAACACCAACCUAGACAGGUGGGACAUGACAGAGGGGUAACCCAUGUCCCCGGGCACAACUAAUCUGGUCCUGUGAGGGACGCGAAAUUGGUCCCCCAUGAGAUCAGAUAGUUGUCGGCCCUGUCCCUGUGUAGCCCUGCCCCCACAUAGCCCCAACAAUGGUGUGAGCGGGGCCAAGGGAGCCCGAAGAUGACGUCAUUGGGGCUACAUGGGGGGGCAUCGGGGCUCCACAACCCGCAGGGAGGGGCACCUGGAGGUUUUGUUCCCUGGCACCAAUUCCACCCCAUACACCUCUGUUCUACUCUGUAGCUGGGAUAGAGGGACUGUACUUGAUGCUGGAUCAUAGAGACAGAAUGGGGCUGCUGUUGGUUUACUGUUCACCCUACUGCCCAACAACAUCCCUGUCCAAGCUGAUGGGGGCACUCUUGGAGAUGGUAUUGGAGGCUUCCAAGACUUGGAGGUCUUCAAUCACCAUUUUUAGGAUGACUCAUUCUCAUUUUCUUGGGAACUCAUGGCCACAGUGACAACCACAGGGCAGUCUGAGUACAUCUUAGGCCCAACACAUGCAGCAGGACACACCCUCAACCUGAUUUUUGUCACCAAGUGGGCAGGGAGUGAUCUGUUAGUGGGGGUGGGGGGUAUGUUAUACAACCAUUGUAAUGGACAGAUCAUUAUCUGGUGAAAUUUGAGACUGUUCGUCCACUGCAGGCUCAAUCCAUUGUAGUGGUCCGCCCUUGAAGCAAGAUGGGAUCCGAUGGAUUUCUUAUGGUUCAAGGGGAUUUCCCAGCUGACAUGUCUGGCACUCCUGCUGUGGCCUUAAUCUCCCUGUGGAGUGGCAAGAUGCAAAUGGCCAUGGACACGAUCCAAGGUGCCCUUGCUCAGCCUAUGGAUCCCAGAGGUCCCCAGGGUAUACUGUGGAACUGAGGGCAGUGAAGAGGAAAGGGCCAAGGUUAGAGCACAGGUGAAGGAAAUCUCUGUGCGAAUUGGACCAGACAUGGGUAAGAACUCAUAAGAGCUCAUCAUCAGGCCUACCAGGUGGCAGUGGUGAAGAAGGCUGUUUUCUCUGCAAUCACUGCAUCUGCAAGUAGCAGUUCAGCUGAGUUGUUCUGGGUGGUAAAUGGGCUGCUUCUCAGCACUGGGAAAGUAGUGACGAUGCCUUCCCUGGGAUCCAGCUGUGAAGCAUUUGCUAGGCACUCCCAGGAUAAAAUUGCUCACAUUCUCAGAGAGAUGGACUCCAACAGGAUGAGUGUUCCUAUGGAGGUGUCCCGGGAUUAGUUUCAAUUACUGACACCUGAGGAUGUGGACAAGUUACUUGUAGGAAUCCGACCCAUGGGCUGCACCCAGGAUCGUGGCGAAUUAAAACUGGCAGGGGGUGGGCCAUAUUGGUCCAAGAGAUGGUUAAUGCCUCACUGAGAGGGGGAGUGGCCCCAUCCGCCUUGAAAGAGGUUGUGCAGAAGCAUGCCAUCUAUAGGGACAUGGGGUCACCCAUGUCCCUGGGCGCUCGGGUUUUGGUCACAUGACCAAAUAGCGUGUGCCCCAGCCACAACCA